AUGGCAGCAGCAGCAGCCGUUACAGUAGUACUCGCUGUAUUAGUCGUCAUCAUCACCAUAUCGCCGGGGCCGGUCGCCGCCGAAAGGGGAAAUCAUACAUGCGACUGCGCUGGUUACGAUAGCAGCUGCGGGGAUUGUGCGGCAGGACGGUGUUGUAGCCCGUGGGGCUACUGUGGAGCCUCUUUCCGUUACUGUAAGCCGUGUUGCUGUGACGAUGGUGACCUUAGUAAUCCUUGUCUUUGCCUGGCCAUUUGCCCUCGGCCGCCGGCUGUUGAGAACCAGCAGCCUCUUUCGGUUACUGGUUAUGCCAGCAGUAGUAAUGAAACCCUAGUAGUAGCCACCUACGAUCCCAACCUUGACAACGUUGCCGUUGCUACUUCAUCAUCAUCGUCGUCAUUGGUUGGUUCGGCCACAAUAUGCAGUGGGCCGUCUUCAUCGACUACGGUCUCGACAAACAUUGUUCCCGGCGGCGGCGAAUGUCUACAGGUAAUCAAUCCCAAAAAUGGAAAACAAGCGAUGGUGAGAGUCAUAAACAAAAAAUACUGUAGCAGGACAAGUUUGGCACUGGACAACGAUGCCUUUCAACUGCUAGAAGAUGAUGAUGCAGCAGCAGCCCACCUUCCAGUUCCUGUUAGCUACAAAUAUACGCACUGUACUUGA